GGAAGGGGAUUAAAGAAGCCAUUUGGGAAUAUGUUCAAGCUAAAUUCAUUAUUCCAACUGAAGGAAAGAGGAUGGUCCUUGCUCGUAUCAAUGACAACUGGAGAAGGUAUAAGACCACAAUAAAGCAAACUCAUUUUCUGCCAUACAAAUGUGUUAAUGAGAUGUUGAAAAAUCGUCCUAAAAGCAUACCUGAGAGUCAUUUUCGAAAGUUAAUUGCUUAUUGGAGAACUGAGAAAGUUAAGAAAAUGUCUGCGCAGAAUAAGAAAAAUAGGGCACAACAGAAAUUUAGGCAUCGAAAGGGACCAAUAAAUUUUGCAAGAAUACGUACAAGAUUGGCUGCUUCUAAGGAAAAUAAUGAACCACCUAGUCAAGCAGAAAUGUUUGUUGAGACUCGUCAAAGCACAAAGGAAAAAUCAUUGGAUGAAGACACUUUGGAUGUUAUUGUAAGUAUUAGGAGUUAAUUUGGUUAAAAUAGGUUAUGAAUUUCUUGUGUCUUGGCAAUUUGUCCAUCACUUGUGGUUACUUUUAUGCUUGCGUUGAGUUAAAGAAUCUUGA